UGACUUCCCCCACGAGGGUGUCAGGGAGCCGCGCCCACCGCGCUGUGCUGGCAGUGACCGCGCGCCCUGCGGGACCAGCAGCGCAGGUUCCCUGGCCUGGUCCCCACCAGAGAGCACCAAAAUGGAGAAGAGAUUCUUGGAGCAACUCUACCUGGCCCUCACCCUCCUCCUCCUCCUGAAUCUGGGCUCUGCUGUGACUGUAGAAGACCCUUACAGCUGCUAUGGAGCUCCAGGCCUGCCAGGCAUGCCGGGGAUACCAGGCAGGGAUGGCCGGGAUGGGCUGAAGGGAGCCAAAGGGGAACCAGGUAUCCCAGCUUCUACACAGCUGGGGCCCAAGGGCAUGAAAGGGGACCCGGGCCCCCCUGGCCCUCCAGGCAAGCCCGGCCACUUUGGGGCCCCUGGUGCAAUGGGACCCCCGGGGGUGCCGGGCACUGCUGGACCCCCGGGAGUGCCAGGCAGCUUCCAGCAGAGGCAGCAGUCGGCGUUCUCAGUGACCAGGCAGACCAGCCAGUACCCCCUGAAGAACGUCCCCGUGGUCUUCAACCACGUCAUCACCAACACCAACCACGACUACAACACCUCCACGGGCAAGUUCACCUGCAGGCUCCCCGGCAUCUACUACUUCGUCUUCCACACCUCGCACACGGCCAACCUCUGCGUCAUCCUGCACAAAAACCACAGGAGCAUGGCCAGCUUCUGUGACCACAAGACCAACAGCAUGCAGGUCAGCUCGGGGGGCACGCUGCUGCGCCUGGCUGCUGCGGACGAGGUGUGGCUGGGAGUCAACGACUACAACGGCAUGGUGGGCAUUGCCAACUCCGACAGCAUCUUCUCCGGGUUCCUGCUCUUCCCGGAGUAGAGGAGCCCAGCAGAGCCCACCCCAGCGUCCUGAUGCUUUCUGAGCAUGCUGUUUGCUGCUGGGUUCCUCCCACGUUCCCAGAUUCUCCACAGGGAGGGCAUCCAGCCCCUCGGUCUGUGGUGGAGGCACAGGGGGAAUGAGCACAUUUGGAUGCAUCUGCACCCAGAGUGAUGGUGCUGAGCUCCUGCUGGCACUGCCACCUGUGUCCCCCCUGCUAACCCCACAUUACCUCAGAGGUCUCUCUGUGGUUGUCUCCUCCCCACCUGGGCUGCCUCAGGUUCAGCCAGGUGUCCUGGCACAGGCUGCUUCCCUUUGCCAUGACCUGGCUGUGGAAAGUGUCAAUAAAACCUUCCCCAGUGCA